CGUGACGUCAUUUAUGGACGGCCCCUAACCAGGCGGUUGGUAGGAUCUCUAUUGAUUUUGGUAUAGCUAUUGGCGAUAUAUAUGGCACUCGUUUGAUGUGCCUCCCCGUUCUCAGAAAUGUUUGUUUUCAUGGGCGGCAUCGGGCAGUAACAUGUUUCAAUGAUAAGCGAAUUGCAGCAGCGAGGCAUCUAUUAAAGGGGCCCUAAAAUCAGUUCGACGGCCGAGUCACGGGAUCCGAAGUUGCCCAGGUAACCCAUCAACAAGCGACGCACGUGGCAGCUCCCACCUCUCACUUACCACCACACACAACCGCAGUUUGUCUAAACACAGGCCGGGCCGUGUUUAUAAAGAGACGCGCGCGGCGCUUGAACAGCCACACGGAAGCUCACACGGCGACACAAAGGAGAAUCCCCGGCGUUAGCUGGUUGAGUCGCCUGGGGCUGGAGGCAGCCGUCAAAGUCGGAAAUGUCAAGCGAAGACGAGAGGGAAGACGAGAGGCGGAAGAUCUUGGCGCAGAUCAUGGAGCUCGGCAAAUGGAAGGGAAUCUUCCAAGCGCAGGGACCAAGCCCCAAGGAGGAUCUCGCAGAAGACGAAGCAGUUGGGACAGAGAGCGAAGAGCCUGAGGCUGGAGCGGAGCAGGAGCAGGGGGCCUCUGCUUCACCUCCCGUGCUGGACGCGCGCUGCUUCCUCGAGGCCUCGUGCGUUUCCAGCCGCAAUCUGCAGUCCGCCGCACUGGGAGGGGAGGCCAUCGGCUUGCAGACAGCCUCGGAGCUAAAGAAAGUGCUGUUUGGGUCCCCUGCCAUCGCAUUCCCAUUGGCGUGGAAGAAAUCACGGUUCCUGUUCCGAGAACCAAGGUCGCCACUUGGAUACGCACUGAUCACGGACAGGGCUGGUGCAAGGGGCGUACAGAUGGUGGUGCAGGCGUACAUCGUCAAGCACCUGCUGUUCACGGCACACGGCCACGACGCCGACGACGUUCAGCGCCUCACGUCGGUAUCCGCUCGCGACCAGAGCCGGGCUCUGGCGGAGGCUCUGGCUGACGCUCUGUGCAAGAGCGCUGGGGGCGGCACCACGUGCGUCUGCCUCGCCACCCCCGACGACUACGUUGUCGGGGGUGGCGGCGACGUCGUCACCCCCGACGAAUACUGCUCCGACAAGGUCACCGAGACGCUGCGAAUAUUUGAAUUUGCCGAACGAGAAGACCUUCUGUGCUUCCUGAAGAGACAUCUGUCCUGCUUCCAGGAUUUCGGAAGCCACGGUGCGAUCCUGUUUCUGUACAGCGCCCUGCUGUCCCAUGGCGUGGGAAGGGUACUGAGCGACUGUGACCACACUGCAUCCCAUCUCCUGCAGCUGCAUCAGGGCAGCUACGAAUGCACACAGGCCCUGGUAAACCUGCUACUAACAGGGCAGGCGAGUCCGUCUGUCGUCAACGGAGACGCGGGGCUUGGCUGGGAUGGUGAGCAGCAGCAUCGGCAGGGUCCCCAGAGCCGCAGUGAAAUCGGAUUCUUGCGCUGGAGCAGGGAAGACCGUGAACCAGAGACAAGCCGACAGGUCGGCAGCAUGCUCAAAACCCCACGCCUGCCCGUGUGGCUGUGCAGCGUGAACGGGCGCCUCGGGGUCCUGUUCUGCGGCAAGCGCUCGCUGCUCUCCCACUGGCGCACCGAGCACCGCUUCAGUCUCUACUACUGCAGCGGCAGCGCGAGUCAGCGCGGCACCGUGAAGCUCACGCUGAUGGGAGCAGGGACGGUGGCAGGAGGACGGGCGCACGGAGAGGACGGUGCCCUCCCUGGAGCGGCUCAUCCAUACCCGGUGGGGCGGCACAACCGUCGACUGGAACGGCACAGAACCAUUCUACUGACGGCGGCGGCGGUCGCGGUGAAGUUAUGGCAUCCCGAUUAUUUUUAUCCAGUUGGAUUCGAUGGCCCGAAACUAAGUUCAGCAACAUACGUACAUCCUUGAAAGAAAGUACACCAUGAACAACAUACGUACAUACAUCACAACAAGCAGAAUGACUUGUGUGUGUGAGCAAGAAUCGACGAAUCCAGCUCUGAACUGUGAUGUGUUUGUCAUGCAAUGGAAGUAUAAAGUAACAUUUCGAUUUAAAGCUUUCGUGACUGCAAGGAUUCAUCUUCUUUGGUUCUUUCGGUAAAGUCACGCAGAAUGAGAAUAAAACAAUAAAAUAAAACAAUAAAAUUCUCACGACGUUUCGGCCACAACACAAGUGGCCUUCCCCAGGCGAAAGGAGCAAACCCGUCGUAGCUCUGUAGUCCCGACGGGUUUGCUCCUUUCGCCUGGGGAAGGCCACUUGUGUUGUGGCCGAAACGUCGUGAGAAUUUUAUUGUUUUAUUUUAUUGUUUUAUUCUCAUUCUGCGUGACUUUACCGAAAGAACCAAAGAAGAUAAAGUAACAUGUUUGCCCUUUAGUAUGUUUUUUAAAAAAAAAUACAUUUUGAAUUUGUGACAAUAUUAGUCGUAUUCAUUGUGCAUAUCUGAACGUUCUGUGUGAUUUAAAAACAAUCUCGUGUUUGAUAGACGAGAAGUUUAAAGUUCAAUAUUUUAAACUUUGAUUACAUUCUGUGUAACAAAAAAUGCAUUGUGACAUUAAAAUCAAGAAACUUCGAGAAUAACAUGCGAUCAUGUCAGAAUCACAAUAUAUGUAUAUGCAUGCAUGUUUACAGAUUCCAUUUGAAUAAAAUUACAUCUUUAAUUAAUGGCGUAAAA